UCAGUGUCUCCACAUCCUCAGGCGUGGUGCGUUGUGUUUUGUUGCGAGAGUGCACGAAGUUGGAAUAUACAUACACGCUUUACGUUUGUACGUUCGCUGAGUUCUUCCGAAAAACGCAGCUGCUAAUUUACUUAACUUCAAUUAAGAUUAAAUAAAUAACUAAAGAUGUGCAAAUGCUUAGCCGGAAACGUUGCAUGCUGCUGCUUCAGUUGCGCACUUAGUAUGCUACUGUCGAUAAUCAGUGCAUUCUUUGUGGUCAUUGUUAUUGUUGGAUUGCUGGUGUAUUUCUUUUACUACCAUGAGCAGGAUGACCAUGAUGUCAACAAGAUUAAAAAUGACCUUCAAGACGGGUUUAAAAAUACGUACGACAAGAUUAAAAAUGGCCUAAAUUAAUAAUUUAAGAGGUAUUUAUGAUG